UUUAACAGCCCAGGAUGUUAUCGAAAUAAAUCAAAAUACCAGAUGGACCCAUAUUCACACUUAUGCAAUAUAAUGUAGAUAUAAGCUAUCUGAAUUUAUUCCUCCUACCAUCCAGGUGUGGAGGCAGGAGUGGAGGUGGGCCAGAAGAGGGUUUUCAUGUCUCAUGGAGGCUGCAGAGAUGGACUCAACCUGGAGACGGGCUCCCAGUACCUCAUCAUCGGCCCCAAAGAGGACCGGUGGAACGUUGACACUGAGACCAACAGAUUCAUCUACAUGUUAGGAAAGGACACCUGGGUGGAACGCUGGCCUACGACUGCAGAAUGCUCCAGCUAUCCCAGCCUGCAGGCUAAAUGCAAGAGCCUCGAGGAUGCUGCAUAUGAACUGUCUGUCAACGCCUGCAGGCUGUAAAGCAACUGCACGCCA